AUGGUCUUGCGGAAACAGCUCGUCAAUGUUCGAAUCAUGGGUCAUCUCCUGAAAGUCGGUCCUACAGACGCAGCAAAGUCUCAUAUUUCCACAACCAGCAAUAGCGAAGUUACCGAAGAAGGUCUCAUUGUCCGAGGUGCAUUCUAUGAUAGGUUCUUCAUCAGGACAUUUCGCAGGGUGAACGGUCCUACCCCCCAGGAAUCUACUGAUCACUCGCGCCCUUCUUUCCGACAGACUCUGGCAGAAGUGCAUAAAUGGCUUCAAUGUUCUCCAUCCAACCAUCAAGAGGCGAAGAAAAGCGCCUUGGCUCGUGACAAAUAUCACUGUCUCUUGUCCGGCACCAUGGACUUGAACUCAUACUUAGAUCACGAAGAACUCCGGGCACAGUUACCGGAGGGGAUGGUACCACUAAUCACCCAGUGUGCCCACAUCUUCUCUGAGUCCACGAACAUUGGUAUUGAUGAUCUAAUCAUGGUAUUUUCAUCGUGUUCUGUUGUCUCAUCUAACUUACUCUGUCUCAAGAAAGACUACGCUGCGAAUGCAUGGACUAUCAUCAAACAUUUUGGAUUCCCGAACAUCCUCAAAGGCCUUGAAGGCGGAAAUAUCCACAGAUUGGAAAACAUCUUGACACUUGAAUACAAUCUUCAUUUUCAUUUUGACAAUCUCACUUUAUGGUUGGAGCCCACAGUCCUGCCUCGAUUUGUUGAUUUCACAUCUACGCGAAGUGACUUGCCACUACCGUCGAAAGAGUCCUUGCGCAUACAUGCCGCAUGCUGCCGUGUGGCGCACAUGUCCGGCGCCGUAGAGUAUCUCAACUGCCUAGGGGAUGAUGAUCCUUUCAAGUCCAAGGUACGGAGCUAUGAUCCCGUAGGUUCGGAUUUUGGGGAUGUCCUGGCAGCGCAGUUGUACGAAGUGAGUGAGAUUCGUUUGGCGGCAUCUGUUGGAGCCUGA